AUGACCAAGGACCUGUCUCCUGCAGGAACCUUCUCUCACACCCGGAGCUGUGUCCACAGGCCAUGGGGCCUCCAUCCUCCUGCAGUGAUUCAAAAGCAAAAUAAACAAGGACUCGGACAUUCGGAGAGGUUAGCGCAUCACCAGAAGACGACACAGACGGUGAAGAGUGGGGUGAAAACCCGGCUCAACUCUGAGGCCAGAGACUGUGCUUCCGUCCAAUUGCUGAGCUCAGCGACGGGCAGCGGAGUCACACCCUGCGACUCUGACCAGAGUCCCCAGGCCCCGAGAACGUCCUGGGGCCCACAUGGAGAGAAGCGCAAGGUCAGGACCCGAGCCAUGAGCAGGGUGCAUGUGGCAAGGGAGGCCUCUGUCCUGGGCAAGGAGGAGACGAGGGAAGAGCAUUGGGGGGUCCCCGCACUGCACGUCCACUCCGAGAGCCCGGCUAUCCUGACGGAGGACCCCCUCCUGUCCUUGGUGUCAGUGGGCUGA